ACAUCUGUUGUCACGAAAUACUAUCCACAGUUCGGCCUACUUAAAUCUAAUAUGAACAAUAAUGAGAGGUGCGAAGCACUGACUGAAAAUGUGAUUGUUUCAGGUGGUUUCCAGAAUUUUCGUCUGCAAUUCCCACAACAGUGUGAAAGUGAGCAUUCUACUAGUGGUAUCUGUGGGAUGAGCUGCCGACUAUCGGCAAGCAUCUCACAACCGUGUCUUUCGUCGGUUAGCAGUCACUCGGCCAACGAUGGCCCUACACAGAUCUUUCCGUUCAUGUAUCUUGGUAGUCAAAAUGACGCAGCAAACACCGAACAGAUGAAGAAGCGUGGCAUCACACACGUUGUGAAUUUGUCUAUCGGUUGUCCGCGUGCGUCAUCCAUCACAAGUGAUGAGAAUUUCCUACGAAUUCCUGUGAAUGAUUCCUACCAAGAGAAGCUCUCACCGUAUUUUGAGCGAGCGUGGGAGUUCUUGGAACGUGUACGGAAGUCCGGAAAUGUAGUUCUUAUUCACUGUCUAGCAGGAAUUUCAAGAAGUCCAACGUUGGCAAUUUCAUACGUAAUGAGAUAUCUGAAUAUGUCAUCUGAAGAUGCUUAUAAACUAGUGAAGGAGAAGCGCCCGUCGAUCUCGCCGAACUUUAACUUCAUGGGACAGUUGCUUGAGUAUGAGCAGUUGCUGAUCAGGAAUGGCCUUUUGUCGGUGGAGGCGUCAUCGAAACGAAUCGAUCAUCCGCUAUCUUUGAAGCAAGGAUUUGAUGCAGAGGAUACCGAUACUGUUGUUUGUCCUGCUUCUAAAGUACCAAAGUCUGCAUCUACACACUGUGUCUUCUUUGAAAAAUCUCGAGAAAUUGGUUCCACAUCGGUGCGAGUGAAUGAGAACGGAAAACGCGGUCUUAGCGACUCCCUGGACCGUCCGAAAGUGCUUGGCCUGUACAAAGAUUCCAAGCGCCUGUCCGCGGAAGAGUUGCCGUCACCUUCAACAGAAUUGUCGAAAUUGACAUUUGUUGGUCUGCCAUCGCCUUCAUCUUCUGCGUCAGGCGGAGAACUUCAAAACUUGUCUCUUUCGAAUCCGUGCUUUUUGUCUCCCACUAGAGAGACACUGCAGCCAGAAAGACGUACGGAAGAGUGCGAGACCAGUCGCCGUAGUUUCUUCAAGCACCGCAUAGUGUCGUUAUUUAAGCAGUCUCAUCAAUCGAUGUCGUGUUCUUUACGUUCACCAACGUCAUCUCAACAAAAGACCUCUCGGCCAGAUGAUCUGCAAUCUUCUGGAAUUCCUUUUUUUAAUGUUAGAAAACCUGUGAAAACGAGCAGUCCAACAAUACUGAUGACCACUGCUGAAGAGGCUGAGUCACCUGAAUCAGGCUAUCAGGUUAGGUUCGAGAUACAUCUCUGUAUGUCCUAG